CCAACGGGCACUGGAACUGUAAUCCCAAUUCCAACACAGCCAACCUCUCCUACUGGAACUGAGACCCCGAUUCCAACUGGUACUCCAAUCCCAACCUCCACUGGCACUGUAAACCCAACAGGGACAGAUACUACAACCUGUGAGCCCACGGAGACUCCAAUUCCAACACAGCCAACAGGAACUGGAACGGAGACUCCUAUUCCUACUCAGCCUACUGGAACUGAGACUCCUAUUCCAACCCAGCCAACAGGCACUGGAACGGAGACUCCUAUUCCAACCCAGCCAACAGGAACUGGAACGGAGACUCCUAUUCCUACUCAGCCUACUGGAACUGAGACUCCUAUUCCAACCCAGCCAACAGGCACUGGAACGGAGAUUCCUAUUCCAACACUGCCAACUCCUACUGGAACUGAGAUUCCUGCCCCAAAAUUGCCACCUCCUGUUCCCACUCAGCCAACCGGCACUGGAACAGAAACCCCGGUCCCUACUCAGCCAACGGGCACGGGAACCGGUAUUCCUAUUCCUACGCAGCCAACAGGCACUGGAACUGAGACUCCUGUUCCCACUCAGCCAACAGGCACUGGAACUGAGACUCCUGUUCCCACUCAGCCAACAGGUACUGGAACUGAGACUCCAAUUCCUACCCAGCCAACGGGUACGGGCACUGAUAUUCCUGUCCCAACAUUGCCACCUCCUGUUCCCACUCAGCCAACAGGCACUGGAACAGAAACCCCGGUUCCUACUCAGCCAACGGGCACGGAAACCGGUAUUCCUAUUCCUACGCAGCCAACAGGCACUGGAACUGAGAUUCCUGCUCCCACUCAGCCAACAGGCACUGGAACGGAAACCCCUGUUCCUACUCAGCCAACGGGCACUGGAACUGAGAUCCCUAUCCCAACAUUGCCAACUCCAAUUCCAACUGAGCCAACAGGAACUGGUAUUCCUAUUCCUACGCAGCCAACAGGCACUGGAACUGAGAUCCCUAUCCCAACAUUGCCAACUCCAAUUCCAACUGAGCCAACAGGAACUGGUAUUCCUAUUCCUACUCAGCCUACAGGAACCGAAACGCCUGCUCCCACUCAACCAACAGGAACGGGGAUACCUGUUCCUCCUCAGCCAACAGGUACUGGAACUGAGACUACUAUUCCAACUGAGCCAACGGGCACUGAGAUCCCUAUCCCUACUCAGCCUACGGGGACCGAGACUCCAAUUCCAACUGAGCCAACGGGCACUGAGAUCCCUAUCCCUACUCAGCCUACGGGGACCGAGACUCCAAUUCCAACUGAGCCAACGGGCACUGAGAUCCCUAUCCCUACUCAGCCAACGGGUACUGAGACUCCUAUUCCCACACAGCCAACCCCUACAGGAACGGGGACUCCCAUCCCAACAUUGCCAACUCCAAUUCCAACUGAGCCCACAGGCACUGAGACUCCCGUGCCUACUCAACCCACAGGAACAGAGACUCCUAUUCCAACCGAGCCCACGGGAACUGAGACUCCCGUGCCAACUUACCCAACAUAUCCUACUGGAACAGAGACGCCUGUCCCGACAUCAACAAUUACUCUGACAACGACUGAGACAUACACCAGCACCAGCUGUCCAGGUAAAUUGAAAUAUCUACAUAAACGUUCAGUUAAUCUUGUAGCGGACGCACUAACAUAUGUAUUAGUUACUACGGAGACGCACACUAGCGGAACCGAGACGUUUACCUCGACUAGGACUGAGACUAGCACUUUAACCUACACCCAUACAACCACAACUGAGACUGUGGUUCCUAUCCCACCAUCUCCAACUGGUACUGGUGUACCUCAACCACCCCAGAGUCCACCCCCGCAGAGUCCUCCAUACCCAACUGGAACUGGUGUUCCACCAUCUCCUCCAGGGAGCACUGGAGUUCCUCCACCAGUUCCUCCACCCUCUUCGUCGGAGACUCCAGUUCCAUCACAACCCACUGGCACUGUCCCUCAGCCAUCUCAAAGCCAGCCACCACCCUACCCAUCACCGCCACCCUCAUCAACUGAGACUGGCAUUCCAUCCGCACCGCCAUCAGAAACUACCACUGGUGGUACCAACCCUACGCAACAGCCAAGCCCAACAAGUCCAACUCCAGUUAUACCACCAGUAUACACUGGUAUGGCCACGCGUACUAAAGGUUCUGGGGUUUCUAUCCUGAUGGUUAUCGGUGCUGCUAUGAUGCUGGCAUGA